AGACGAAUAUGACGCUAAAUUGGGGGGCUUUGGUGAGGGAGCAGCUCUACUCCUGAACCAGUACCCGCAGUCAGCAUGGAAGAACAUGACUGGAGUCUUGGUAAGAAGUGUUGCUGCCAAAUCAAUAUGACAUGAUGGAAGUACUGUGUGAUGGUCUUGUGUGUGUUGACUCUCUCUCCCCUGUAGCCAUGGGAACUAGACAGCUCUAUCAGUGCAGAGAACAGAGAGGAGAACAUACUGCUGGAGGAACACUAGGUAUUAUUUGACAGGUAAAGAGAUGUCCAAGAGUGUGUGGGCCAACUCACCUAACUGCAAGCCUAAACCCAAAGUGAAGAAGUCUCCUGCCAAGCCUUCAGGUUCAAGCUCCUCCACAGCCACUUGCUGGUCUCAGCAGGAGAAGGAGCUGUUUGAGACAGGACUGGCUCAGUUUGGCCGUAGAUGGACUAAGAUCUCCAAGCUGGUAGGCAGUCGGACCAUUCUACAGGUGAAGAGCUACGCCAGACAGUACUUCAAACACAAGGCUAAAUCAGAGUCCAAUACUACUGCAGUGACAAGCGCUACAGCCCCGCUGGUUUUAGGCCAAGUCCCAGAGACAGGGUCAACAGUGUUCACCUCUGGCCUGUCUGUCCCCAUCCACCUGUCAGCUCUGACCAACGCUGUCCGGAUAGAGAGACUGGGGGAUGAAGAGGAAGAGGAGGUGGACAUCACUGAUGACUUCAGCGAUGAGGGAAGUAGUGGAGGAGGAAAUGGAGGAGAGAGAAAUAUUGAGGGGAAUGUUGAGGACCUCCAAGCUGGAGUUAGGACUGAGACACAUGAGCCUGGAGCGCCAGAGGAGCUGGACAACCAUGGAGUAACCCACCAGGUUCAACCCAACCAGACACACCCCAGGCUGGAAGAGACAGAUCAGGAGCAGCCUAACUGUAGCCCCCCAUCUGCCCUCACAGCUCCCUGCCCAGCAGAGCAGGCACCCAGCGGACAGUGUGAGGGGGGAACUGCUGAGCCCCCGAGGGACCCAGUGGAGUCUGGAGAGGAGACAGGGGGGUCUGGGUGGCAAGGGGAGGAGUUUGAAGAGGAGGAGCUUACAGCCCCCGAGCAGGAAGCGGAGCUGGACCUGGCGACUAUCACUGAGGAGGAGAAACGAGCUAUCCCAGAAUUCUUUGAGGGACGGCCAUCCAAAACCCCAGAGAGAUACCUGAGGAUCAGGAACUACAUGCUGGACCAAUGGUUGAAGAGUAAGCCCAAGUACUUGAACAAGACGUCAGUGCGUCCUGGUCUGAAGAACUGUGGAGAUGUCAACUGUAUCGGCAGAAUACACACCUACCUGGAGCUGAUAGGAGGCAUCAACUUCAACUGUGAUCAGGCAGUGUAUAACCGUCCCAGGGUGGUGGAUCGUUCUAAACCCAGAGAGAGCCGAGACACUCUGGAAUACCAGCUGGCCCAAAGACUACAGAGCAUGCGAACCAGGAAGCGUCGUGUGAGGGACGUGUGGGGGAACUGGCGUGAUGCUAAAGACCUGGAGGGACAGACAUACGAGCACCUGAGUGCAGAGGAGCUAGCCCUGAGGAGAGAGAUGAGGAGACCGCAUAAACCCUGUAAGGUCUCCAGGCACAGAGGGUUGCUUGAUCCGUUCCAGCUGAUUCCGUGUCGUGUGUUUGGAAAGGAAAGGCAGGAGCCCUUUCAGGUGAUGGUGUGUGCCGAGGCUCUCCUCAUCAUGGACAUGCAUGCCCAUGUGUCGAUGGGUGAGGUCAUCGGGCUACUGGGAGGAUCCUACAGCGAGGGAGACAAAGUCCUGAAGAUUGUUGCAGCGGAGCCGUGUAACAGUGCGAGUACAGGUCUGCAGUGUGAGAUGGACCCUUUGUCUCAGACUCAGGCCUGUGAGCUGUUGUCUAGCCUGGGCUUGGCUGUAGUGGGAUGGUACCACUCUCACCCCACCUUCCACCCAAACCCCUCUAUACGGGAUAUACACACACAGGACCAGUUCCAGAGUUAUUUCUCUCGAGGCGGAGCCCCGUUUAUUGGGAUGAUUGUGAGUCCGUUUGACCCUGCUAACCCCUCACCCCGCUCCCAGACCACCUGCCUGAUGGUCAGAGAGGACCAAGGACCUGGACCACAGAAGCUGCCCUACAGGUUUGACUACCAGUGUUCCCAGCAGCAGCCUGACUGGAGCCAGCUGAUGAGGAGGGCAGAGUGGAUUAUCCACAAGUAUAAACACGCCCACGGCAGUGUCCAGAUGGACAGGCCGUUCCGCAGGGACUCUCAUCUCACCUGUCUGGAGAAGAUGAUGUCAUCUUUAGGGAGGUAUCUGGAGCCCCUGCUAGAGGAGGAGGGAGACCACUUCCUCUCCCAGAUCCACACUCUGUUCCUGUCACACUUUGUUGCUGAGAAACCAAGAGACGAGGAGGAGGGCGAAACCUCUGACUCCUCAGAUCCAAUCAACACCCAUGCCUUCCCCUUCACUCAGCCAAUCAACAUCAGAGGAACAGACGACACAGGAACAAAGGAUAACUGCGAGAAUGAAUCGGUCUCGCCCAUUGAUAGCAUAGAAACGCCUAAUAUAGAAACCACUAACUCACACACAGCUAACCAAGAGAACUUAUAUCCAAUGCAGUUUGGUUCUGUGUUGUUAACUGGUCAUGAUUAUCUAUUCUGAAUCUAAUAGAUUUCUCUAUAUAUCCAGUUUGUAAUGUGGUAAUCUGCAGUUGAAACAAUAACAAAGUGUUAUCCCUGCCCCUAUUUCGGUAAAAAGCGCUGGGGGAUGUGGCUGGAGAUGUGUAACCCCUCAUAGACAGAGCUAUGGAUGCAAGUUCUGACAAUCCAUGAUAUAAAAAUGAUAGUUUCAACCAUGUUUUGGAGCUAUAUAGUGUUUGUUUAAAAACAUUGUAGUAAAACAAGUGUAUAUUUUGGGUUGUGAUGGGAUACAACAGUUCAAGAAUCAGUGGGUACAUACAAAUAAUUUAUCGUUCCAAAAAUAAAUGAAGCUCUAGAUUGGCCUUUUAAA